UAAAAGACCGCACGAGCCUCGUAGAACCAUCAAAGCCUUUGUCCUAUUCGCAAUUCUGGAGUUGAUCUGCAAUCGAAUCACUGCAAAUAUGGUUGGAAAACUAUUUUUAGCACUUGUUAUCUUGAUGGCUGCGACCGGGUGCUUUGGGCAGCCUUCAGGUUCCCUCAGUCCGGACUACAAAGGGGACAACAAUAUCAGAAGAAGUGAAAUAGCGGAGGUUGGGUCACAGACUCAACCCGAUGUCAACGCGAAUCUGUUAAAGACAGAUUCCAACCAAUUGAACAUCAAUGCGCAAAAAUCGUUCAAAAAGGUGAACAAUGCUAACGGAAAUGGGGCCUCGGUUGGAUUCGACCGAGCACCUGCGCUUCGGAACCGAAGAGCGAUCGACAACGGAAGAUUGAACCUGUGGCAGAACAAACAACACUCCGUAUAUGCUUACGGGUUGGGUGGACCGAACCGGGGUGGUAGGCCUAAUUACGGAGCCGGUAUCGGUUAUAGUUAUCGGUUUUAGUUGUAUUUUAUUCAAUUCGUUUGUCGUCACUAUGAACUUACCAUUUAAUAUGAGGACCCUAUUCAAAAUUUCGGAAAAAUCUGGAGUAGGAAAUCUGUGGGUAAAAUGAAGACCUGUCAAGUAUUCAAAGGAUUUUGAACCGAUUUUGCUACUACCUAAUAUGAAAUAAAUUUAAUGAAAACGAAAA